ACAGGAGCAGUAAAAUAGAGUGAAGAGACACAAACAAGGCAAGUAGACAACAAGUAGGAGGGGUGAUAAAUAUAAAUAAAUAAAAAGAUUAGGUUUCACUAUUUUGCCUUCUUUUCCUCCUUUAUCUUUGCGGCUAGGGUUUCUCUCCUUCUUCUUCAAAUCCCCCAUUAUUAUUACCAGAUCUGUCUCCCUAUUAACGAUGGAAGUCAUGUUGUUAAGCUAAGGUUUAUAAUAAGUUGAAGAAUCAGUGAGAUUUUGGGGGAGGGGUUUUAUAUUUCCAUCUCAAAUGGCCACCAAGAACCCGUUCGAUUUGUUAGGCGACGAUGACGGUGAUGACCCCUCACUGCUCAUAGCUGCCACGCAGGAGAAAGCCGCUGCCGCAGCCGCUGCUGCCGCCGCCGUGCCUAAGAAAACUCAGUCUCAGCCUGUAGCUAAGCAGCAGCAGCAGCCGGCUAAGCUACCUUCCAAGCCUCUGCCUCCUUCUCAGGCUGUGAAAGAGGCAAGAAAUGAAGGUGGUCGUGGAGGAAGUGGUGGUCGUGGGUAUGGUGGUCGUGGCCGUGGGGGAUAUAAUCGGGAAUUCUCCAACAAUGAGAAUUCAUUCAGCAAUUCUGCACCACCUGCAGCUCAAGGAGCUCCUGAAGAUGGAGAUGCUGGGAAGACUUCUGAAAGACGCAGCUAUGGUGCACCUCGCGGUGGUUAUCGUGGUGGCCGCCGUGGUGGCUUCAAUAAUGGAGAUUUUGGUGAUGAUGAACGCCCUCGUCGAGCAUUUGAACGUCGUAGUGGGACUGGACGCGGAAAUGAGUUCAAACGAGAGGGCGGUGGUCGGGGUAAUUGGGGAACUCAAACUGAUGAACUUGCUCAGGUGACCGAGGAAGCUGUCAAUGAGGGUGAGAAAAAUGUAAGUGAUGAGAAACCUGUGGGAGAGGAGGAACCUGCGAAUGAAAUCAAGGAAAGCCCUGCCAAUGAACCUGAAGAAAAGGAUCCAGAAAAUGAGAAUAUGACUCUUGAAGAAUAUGAAAAAGUGCUGGAAGAGAAGAGGAAGGCCCUGCAAUCACUCAAGGUUGAGGGUAGGAAGGUGGAUGCUACAGAGUUUACAUCCAUGCAGCAGCUUUCAAACAAGAAGGUCAACGAUGAUGUCUUUAUCAAAUUGGGUGCUGAAAAGGAUAAGCAGAAAGAGGCUUCUGAAAAAUAUGAGAAAGCUAAAAAGUCCGUUAGCAUUAAUGAAUUCUUGAAGCCUGCUGAAGGAGAAAGAUACUAUGGCCAAGGUGGUCGUGGUCGCGGUCGAGGCCGUGGCAGUGGUUCAAGAGGAGGGUUCAGCAACAGAGAUGCAUUAAGCAAUGUGGCAGCUCCUUCUAUAGAAGAUCCUGGGCACUUUCCAACCUUGGGUGGCAAGUGAUGCUCUUCCGAACCCCGUUUUAAGAUAUUGUCUGUUUGCCAUUUUUGGGUUCAUUUAGUAAAUCUUGGCAGGAAAUUGGCUGAAAUAAUGUGCUUUUUCGAUAUUUAUAUAACUGCUUAAUUUUAUGCUUUAAAAUGUAUAUUUUCAGGCGUUUCA